AAUGAGUUUAAGUAUAUUCAGUGCUAAAACAAGUUAUUAUAAGAAUGGCAUCUGGUGGUUUACCAAAAUGGCUGCAAGAGUCGUUGGAGAAGAAAGAUGGGAUGCCUUAAGAAUGGCAAGAAGAGUAUACGGAAACAAAUUUUACUAUGGAAGACAACAAGUUUUAUUUGAUGUCUUUUAUGAUUGGCCUGCUUUGGCCAAUAUGAUUGGUAUAUAUCCAAAAGUAAUGAUUGAUAUGUGAUGUUAAGGUUGAUACAUCACAUGGAUUCCUUCAUUGGGCAACUUAUGAAGCAUAUAGAGAUUGGUAAGAACAUACCUUAAAUUCAGAUGUAUAAUUGAUUACUAUUAUUAUAGGGUGCCUUUGCUAUGUGGGUUUAUUUAAUUUGUGGUGUAUACAUUGCGCAUUUCACUUAUUCAUAUAUGAUUCCCUAUUAUUGGACGUAAGAGAUUAUUAGUAAGAAAUAGAAACCUCUUCCCUGUCAAGAAUGAGGAAUUCGUUAGAUUAAGAAUGAAAGAUGCUAUAGCCUCAACAGUCUAGGAAGAAUUAUUCGGUAAUUAAUUUGCAGAAUUCGGUUGGGCUCCUCAUGAUUUUCAUUACAACAGACACAGAUGCAUGUCAGGUUACAGUCAUCCAGAUGAUCCUCGUACUAUGCACAUGGGCAGUUUCAAUAGUAUAUACUUCUUUUUUUAAGUUGAUAGGAAAACAUAAAUAUAAGGAGCAUUACAUGAAAAAAGUUGGAGAGUAAAGCAGAAUGGCAGGACUCUGAU